AAUAUGCACCGACUAAGCACCUUCCUCCUCUUAAACCUUCAAACUAAUUCAACACCUUAGUUAAUUUCCUCUUUGUACACUAUAUAUAUUUCCCUUCCCUAGUCCCUUCCACAAUUCUCAUCAACACCAAAACAACGAACUCUCUUUUCCUCAACCUUUCUGCAUGCAAGAAUAUCAACCGCCUUUUACUACUACAACAACAAAGAGACAUUUCUCUUCUUCUCCAUCUCAAUCAAGAAUAUUAAUUAUUUUUAACUUCCAAUUAUAAACAUGGCAGCUCCUAGUUAUUUGAAUCGCUUUCCAUUCAAGAAGUUCCCUGUAACUACUAUUCCAGUGCCUCUGCUAAUUCAUGGCGCGGUGGGGUUCUUCUUUCUGUAUAUAAUAUUUGAUUUUGCACGAAGACUUUUUAGUUUUUUGUCCUUUGAUAAAUCCGACGUGUGUUCUCAAGGUGAAAAGGAAAAAACUUACCAAAAGCUGACAUCUUUUAGUGAAAAAUUAAUUGAUGGAAGCUUAUGCAAGGAAGAGGUAGAAAUGGUUAUGGCUAAUUUGGGUAUUUCUGCCAAUUCUGAAGGUGUGAAAAUUCAGGAGAGGUUGGAUUCUAAUGACAUUUUUGAACUUUUUGGAGAGGAAUUAGAAGCUAAAGAGCAAGAUGUAAAAGAAGCUUUUGAUAUAUUUGAUGAGAACAAAGAUGGAUUUAUUGAUGAAUUGGAUUUGCAGAGAGUUCUUUUUGCUCUGGGAUUGAAGCAAGUUGCAGAAUUGGAUAAUUGCAAGAAGAUGAUCAUGGCUUUUGAUGAAAAUGAAGAUGGGAAAAUUGAUUUCCAAGAAUUUGUCAAAUUGUUUUAAGAUUUUUGGUUGACUAUCAUUGUAAAAAAAGGAAAAAAUUGGAUGAACAAAGACAUGUAAUAUUUUUUAAUUUGUUGGAUUCA